AUUUUGGCCCGAAGUAAAGAGAUCCCGAUUUCUCACGAACCGAGAAACAAAAAAAACUAGACAGCAAAAAUCGUCUUGUAAUUCAUGGAGAGAUUGCAGCGAAUCUUCGGCGCGGGGAGCGGUUUAGGUCACCCAUCGCCUGAUUCUCCGACUCUCGAUACGUCGGAGCAGGUUUACAUCUCUUCUCUCGCCCUCCUCAAGAUGCUCAAACAUGGAAGAGCUGGGGUUCCAAUGGAGGUCAUGGGAUUGAUGCUCGGAGAGUUCGUGGAUGAGUACACUGUUCGAGUUGUUGAUGUAUUUGCGAUGCCUCAGAGUGGUACUGGUGUUAGUGUGGAAGCUGUUGAUCAUGUUUUCCAGACUAAUAUGCUCGACAUGCUUAAACAGACUGGCAGACCUGAGAUGGUGGUUGGUUGGUAUCAUUCGCAUCCUGGAUUUGGCUGCUGGCUUUCUGGUGUUGACAUUAAUACCCAACAGAGUUUUGAAGCUUUGAAUCAGCGAGCAGUAGCAGUGGUGGUAGAUCCAAUUCAAAGUGUCAAGGGCAAAGUGGUGAUUGAUGCGUUCCGCUCGAUUAAUCCACAGACCAUCAUGCUUGGGCAAGAACCCCGUCAAACAACUUCAAACCUCGGCCACCUGAACAAACCAUCCAUCCAGGCCUUGAUUCAUGGAUUGAACAGACACUAUUACUCAAUAGCCAUUAACUAUAGGAAGAACGAACUUGAGGAGAAGAUGCUACUCAACCUCCACAAGAAGAAAUGGGCAGAUGGUCUGAAUCUAAGACGAUUUGACACUCACUCCAAGACUAACGAACAGACCGUCCAGGAGAUGUUGAGCUUGGCAGCGAAAUAUAACGAGGCGGUACAAGAGGAGGACGAAUUAUCACCUGAGAAACUGGCGAUAGUGAACGUGGGGAGACAAGACGCCAAGAAGCAUCUAGAAGAACAUGUCUCCAACUUGAUGUCGUCAAACAUUGUUCAGACUCUAGGCACCAUGCUCGACACCGUUGUCUUCUAGACAGGCCGCUUCUUACUUGUUGAAUAUGAUUUUCCCAGAUAAUUCUUGGUUUUUUUUUCUUCUUCUGAAUCUCUUUAGUUUACGCCGGAUUACGUAUGUUAGAACUUAGAACUAAUAGUUUACCAUAUUUAAUAAAAAAAAGACUAUUUCCUUGGGUUAU